AUUUAGUCUCCUUAAUUUAAUAGUAUUAAUUUCUCUUAAAGCACCGACGACUUAAAACCACAACAAAACCAGUUUUCCUUUUUCUUUCAGUUGAGCUUAAAAUUACUUUAGUUUUAAUUCAUCUCACCAAACCCUAAUAUUGACGAGAUUCAAGACUCGGUUUUGCACUCGUUAUUGUUUGACAUGGUCAGUUAAUAACUAAACAUUAUCUUUAUUAUUGUAGGGUUUUCAAGAAAUGAUAAAUGUAAAACCAAUGGAGCAGCUGAUUUCAAAGACUUUGCAACAACAACAGCAAACAUUCAUCGCCACCACUACGAGGCCAAACCCCACAGCAGUCAACGGCGGGUCCGGCGCGGGAACUGACACCGACACUGCCACUACGAUGGAAAUUAGUAGAAAGACGAGGCCGCAAGAGAAAGUGAAUUGUCCAAGAUGUAACUCAACCAACACAAAGUUUUGUUAUUACAACAACUACAGUCUCACGCAACCAAGAUACUUCUGCAAAGGUUGUCGAAGGUACUGGACUGAAGGUGGCUCUCUUCGUAACGUUCCUGUCGGUGGAAGCUCAAGAAAGAACAAGAGAUCCUCCUCAACAGGUUUAGCUUCACCUUCCAGUCCCAAGCUUUCAGAUCUAAACCCACCGUUUCUUUGUGCAAGCCAAAUCCCUAAUAGAUCGUCAAAAGAUCUCAGCUUAUUGUCUUUCCCAGUCAUGCAAGAUCAUCAUCAUGGUAUGUCUCAGUUUUUCCAUAUGCCCAAGAUCGAGGACAGCAAUACUUCAUCCUCAGUAUACGUUUCAUCAUCUCCUGGAGCCGCUUCAAGAGGCAUGAACACGUUCUUGGCUGGUCAAAUGAUAGAUUCAAACUCAGUCCUUUACUCAUCUUUAGGGUUUUCAACAAUGGCUGAUUACAAACAGAGUAAUAAUAAUCUUUCGUUCUCUAUUGAUCAUCAUCAAGGGAUUGGACAUAAAUCCAUCAACAAUAACCAAAGAGCUGAAGAUAACAAUAAUGCUGAUGGUAUGAAUGGAGCGAAUAGGGUGUUGUUCCCUUUUUCAGACAUGAAAGAGCUUUCAAGCACAACCCAAGAGAAGAGCCAUAAUCCAUAUUGGAGGGGUAUGUUCAGUAAUACAGAAGGAUCUUCGUGGUGAAAAAGACUUAAAGAGAAAUCAUGAACUUAUUACCUUUCUACUCUUUCUCACUUUAUCUAUCUAUCAUAUUUUUACUUUGAUGAUCUUUUGUUUUUCUCACAUGGGCUACUUUAGUUAAAGAUGUCAGAACUUAGUUUAGAGAUUGUCUUUUAAUUCCAUCUUUUUGGGUAUUUUUUUAAAAAAAUAUACUUCAUAAUUGGGUUUGAUGGUAUAUUUAGGAUAAAAAGGGUUUUCGUAUCAUACGGAAUAGUGAGGGAUGUGAUCAGUGGCGGAGCCAGAAUUUUUU